AUGUACGCCGUCGACUUUUGCAGUAAUUCACUAAAUCUACACUACCCGUCCAAAGGCUACGACUGCCUACAAAUGCUGCUUGACAUCCUCCGUAGUUUAUUGCCAUCGCUCAACUUCUUGCACAGCCAGUGUAAGUUGACUGCCGAACAUCGCGGUUGGUCCGACUGUUGGUACGGUAAAGGCGUAGAGUCAUCUAAAUCGCAGUGUAAUGAUCACUCAACGGGCAAAGCAGCGUGCCAAGCAGAUGGUCAACCAACGUGCCUGGCAAAGUGCCAACCAACAUCGCCACUUCAGUCUUAUUUGUCCGAUUGCCUUACCGGCCACUUGCCUCACCAGGUAAGCAGCAUCGGUUGCAAGGCCAAAUGUGCGACGUGUCCAAAGGUUCUCCCCGGCCAACCUUGCCUGACGCCUCUCGGCUUCCGUGGCUUUUCCGGUGGUAUGAAGACAGGUGAGGACCUAUGCAAAGCGCUGACUAAAUUCUUCGUCAAUGUGCAAUAUUCAUCGUUGCUUUGCUUGAUGCCCAAACCGCCGUCUACAUUACCAGAACACUACCAGUUUGUUUCGACAUUGGUGCGUAUGCUGGACAAUAGUAAAGGCGUCAAUGGCAAUGCAGUCAAAACAGCAUUUGAAACGGCUACCAAGGAGAUGUCCAUCGAACUGUACAAGGACACGAGUGACUUCACGAAUGCGCUUCGCGAUGCAUAUCACAGCCACCGUCUCGAAGAGCAUAAAACAUACUCAGAAGCCGACCUGUCUACGCUCUCCGCGGAGACGAAUUGUACGUUUGCUAGUAGCGAUAAGAUUCAUUGCGCUCCUUAUCUCAGAGCUCUAUGCGACGAUUCAUAUACCUAUCUCGCCGAGAAGCAUUCAGAACUGUAUUUCUCAUGGGCUCUCUAUUUACCAUUGGCAUUGUACGAUUGCCUGAAAUCACUGCUGGACUCAUUCGGCAAUAUUUCCUGCCGCGACUGGGGAUGCAGUCGUUGUACUCAUGGAACGAAAUGUUCUCGCGGUAAGCACGGCAUGGAGAACUGUCAGUGUCGCGGAAUUGUCGAAUGCCGCGGUGUAAGUAGUACUUUUUACAGUUACGGAUUCACUUUUCGCGAUUCGACUAAAUUACACGGCGAUACCAGUAAGAGUUAUUGCCAUCAUUUUUACAUACAACUGAAAAAUGUACUGCAAUCGACGCAUUUCACAGCAUUGUUCAAAGAGUGCGACGAAUUCCUGUUCACCAUCCGCGCACCAUUCCUGUGGAUGACCGUCGCACUCUGGUCACUGUCCCUCUUCUACCUCAUCUGCGUCAUGGUUGGCAGACUGGAUGUGCUCCACAUACGCUCACACUUACGAUCACCGUCAUCGCACAAGAUAACGGCGCAAUCAUUGUUGGCGGCAGCGCAAGUCGGAAGGCUUGCCAAGAUAUCGUACCUGCAACCGUGA